CAAGGAACAGCUAUGGGUAAAGUGUUAAAAAAAAUUCUGGGGUCAAGGGUCGAGGAAAAGAAAGUAGGUACUUUUUUAGGUCAAAGGUGGGAAAAAAUCAUCACAACAUUGGGCGAUUUUCGACAUCCAAAGUCCAGACAUGAGUUCAUCUCUGAUAAAUCUACUUUUGGUUGGAGCUUCUCGUACCGUCCGAUUGUUUUCUUCACAAAGCCGAUCGCUAUGGACUUGCAAUGCCCAGAGAAUGGAUGAAGUGCAGAGGGCAAAAGAUGCUGCUGCAAACCAAGCAGCUACUGCUACUAUUUUCAGCAAAAUAAUUGAUAAAUCCAUUCCUGCCAAUAUAAUUAUGGAAGAUGACAAGUGUAUCGCAUUUCAUGAUGUUUCUCCACAAGCUCCAGUUCAUGCUCUUGUCAUUCCAAAGAAACCCAUUCCUAGACUAAGCGAAGCAACUGUUGAUGACACACUUUUGUUAGGUCACCUGAUGAACACUGCAAGACUAGUGGCCAAUGAACUCAAGUUAAAAGAAGGAUUCCGCAUUGUCAUAAAUGAUGGCAUUCAUGGUUCACAGUCAAUUUAUCAUUUGCAUAUUCAUGUGUUAGGUGGGAGACAAAUGGGAUGGCCACCAGGAUGAUCUCCAAUUCAAUUUUUUUGACUUUUCCAAUUGAUAUUAUGAUCCGACUGGCACUGUUUUUCAACUUCCUACAAUGAUGAGCAUACAACUUUACAGACAGAAUAAAACAUCUGAUAUGCGAAGC